AUGUAAUAACCAUCUUAAUUAUAAUAAUCUUCAUGGUCUAAUAAUGACGAAGUAACUGUACUAUAAUUUAGAAUGACUUAGAACAAAAUGCAGAUGGCAAUUAAAGCAAACAUUAAGAAGGAUCAAGAAAAAAGAAGAAGCAUGAUGAGCAUAAGCAAUUCGAAGAAAGAUUGAAAAAUAUUCCUGUUGGAUAAAAACCUGAUCCUAAAGUAUAUCCAGAAGAAUGGAUUAACAAGUGGAGAUAAUUGUUGCUAAAAUAAUAAAAUAAGAAAUGA